GCGUUUUCAUUGUUGCAUGCUGGUCAAUGAAGUUUAUUAUUCGGUUUGUGAUUUGCUACGGUCUCUUGCCGUUUGUGAUUGAGCAUCUUUAUUUCUUUCAACAUGAUUGACUCGUAAUUGUCAACAAAGUAGAGAAAUGAAAACGUGAACUGGAUGAUUCGGUCGCUGCGCUGUUAUUCUGCAGGUCGGCCGCUUCUGGACGAGGAUGAGGGAUCUUCUAGGCGUUGACAGCUCGCUCUUAAACGAGCUAAAGUCGUGCUGUGCAGAAGAAAACAACUUUCUUCCCAGGGAGACUGGCCUGAAGCUGAUGGAGUCCACAUCCCCAGAGAUUCACAGCCAAGUGACUGCAAAAUGCAGGGACGGCAAGGUGCAAGAGCUGUGGAGCUUGACCAGCUUCUUUGGCUACAGCACUCAAACUUUUGUUCAAGCUGUCAACUUGCUUGAUAGAUUUCUCACCAAUAUGAAGGUCCAGCCAAAACACGUUCCCUGUAUCGGAGUAAGCUGUCUUCACAUAGCUGCCAAAAUGGUUGAGAAAGAGAGCAACAUCUCACCCUCUCAUGAGCUCAUUCGCAUCAGCCAAAGCAAAUUCACCGUGUCCGACCUCGACCGCAUGGAGAAAAUUAUUUCAGAGAAACUCUGCGUGGAGCCCAAAGCAGUGACGGCCUUGACCUUUCUGCACCUGUACUACUCAGCCUUCACCUCCCUUUCUGCUGGAAGGGAGGAGAUCCCAAGCAUUGGGAGACUGGAAGCCCAGCUAAAAGCCUGCUUAUGCCAGCUUGUUUUCUCUAAAGCAAAACCAUCGGUGUUGGCUUUGUCCCUCAUUGCUCACGAGUUUGAAACCCUCCCGUCGGCCAUGUUGUUGAAGAUUGUUCCUCAUUUUCAAAGGCAGCUAAAGAUCUGUGACAGCGAGCUGCUCCAGUGGAAGGACCUCGUGACCAAGCGCAUGACUGAAUACCGCUCCAGUGAAUGUAACAAACCAGACAACAAGAAGCUUGUUUGGAUCCUGUCCAGGAGAACAGCACAGAGUCUUCAGACCCAUCACUUUAGUGUCCCUGGCCUGCCAACUAUUCCUGAGAUGAGCUGGAAUGAGAGUGAGAGUGAGGACUCCUGUGAGGAAAUGAGCUACGGAGAAGAAAGUUUAUGCGGUUCUCUAGGAAGUGACGGCGAAGGAGCUUUCUUCCCCUCCACGUUUCUCAACUGUGUAGAGUGAUGACCGUGUAUUAAAUAUGAUGUGUAUUUUCCUCUGAAUCAAGUUAGAUUUCAGGGGAGACCCGUUUGUUUUAUGUGUGUAUUGUUUAUGGGACGUAAGUAUGCAAAGGGACUGAUAUUAAGUGCCUGUGUUUUUUCAGUUUGUUGCCUGCCUCGGUAAUAAAAAUAGACAACUCUUAAAAAUGCAGUGAAGAAAAUGCAAUACUUUGGGCAGUUUGAUGAUGAAAUAUAACGUAAGCCUCGUGAGGAGAUUGAAACAUUAUAGUGGUAACAGUGAAGCACAAGGAGGAACUCAAGAAUGUUAGUAAAGUGUUGAAUACCAGCUAAUAAACUCAAACAUUCUGAAUAUUUAACAUUUUUUUAUACUUUACACGUUGAUGCAUAUAACAGUGUAUGUUUGUACGAAUCCAAUAUUUCUUUAGUCAUAUUUAAUAUUUGAGGGAAAAGAUCCCAAUCUGUAAAUGCAUGGAAACAUGAAAUACUGUUUGUGGUGUUUGUGUACCAUAAUAAGCUUACUGUGAAAUGAGAAAAAUACUUCAACAUGUAAAUAACAUGUAAAAGGAAAAAAUAGUUUUGUGAUGUCAUAAUCACUGUUGUAUCAAGAUUUUAUCUGCAACAUGUAGAAAUAACAGGCAAUUAAAAAUACUUUUAAAAAACAUA